AUGACGACAGAACACAGCAUAGACCCCCGGUCUACACCACCAUCAGCACAGCCUCGGACGUCCCCAGAGCAGACACUGGAUGUAACAGAGGACAGUUCCAGAAAGAGCGAAGAAGACGCCUUGCAUGGCCUGGAGAAGGGCUUAGACAGCACUACGCCACCAGAACAAACAGGUCGCUUUUUCGUGGAGUUCGAUGGACCCAAAGACCCCGGCAACCCGAAGAACUGGACGCCCAAACGAAGAUGGUGUAUCACGGUUUCCAUGGGCCUUAUGGUUUUCACGGUCACAUUUGCCAGUUCUAUCUUCAGUGUCAACAUCGGGAUUGUCCAGGAGAAGUUCAAUGUCGAAAAGGUCACAGCUACUCUUGGCGUAGCGUUGUUUGUCCUGGGAUUCGUAUUUGGACCCAUUGCUUUCGGGCCAAUGUCAGAGGUUCUGGGACGGAAGACUCCCCUCAUGUUCGGUUUCGCACUCUUCGCAAUCUUCCAGAUCCCAGUCGCUCUUGCCCAAAACAUAACGACUAUAUGCGUAGGCCGCUUCCUUGGUGGUCUCUUCGCCUCUGCACCCCUGGCAGUCGUGGGUGGAGCUCUCGCAGACUUGUGGGAUCCCAUCCCCAGGUCGUAUGCCAUCUGCAUUUUUGCUGCUGGAGGAUUCGCUGGUCCGGUAGCAGGGCCCAUUGCUGGUGGCUUCAUAGCCGAGUCGCAUCUUGGGUGGCGCUGGACGUCCUGGAUCACCCUCAUCAUGGCCGGCCUGUUUGGCGUCAUCGGCUUCCUUGUCAUACCGGAGACUUCUGCAGCCAGGAUUUUGCAGUUGCGAGCUGCGAGGUUGCGAAAGGACACGGGCAACAAUGAAUACCACGCUGCGGCAGACGAGAACAAGUUGACUCUCGACAAAGUGCUGAACGUUUACCUCUUACGGCCAUUUAUCAUGUUCUUCCAGGAACCCAUCUUGGCGCUGGUGACAGCUUACAUGAGCUUCUUGUACGGCAUUGUCUAUCUACUUUUCGAAGCUUUUCCCGUGUCAUUCUAUGAGGAACGUGGCUGGUCUCUAGGGGUUUCUCAGCUCCCGUUCGGCGCCUUCAUAGUUGGCAUUCUGAUGGGCGCUGGCUGUAUUGCUUAUAGUUCAGCGACUGGAUUCACGCGCGCAUUUCGUAAACACGGCAAAGUCAUCCCGGAGGAACGCCUGCCGCCCAUGAUACUCGGAGCCAUCGCACUUCCUGUCGGUCUCUUCUGGUUUGCCUGGACUAGCAAUCCAAACAUCUCUUGGGUACCGCAGGUGCUCUCCGUCGCCCUUCUCGGAUUUGGUUGCAUGGUGCCUUUCUGGCAGGGAAUGAGCUACCUCAUCGACUGCUAUGGCUUCUAUUCCAACAGCGCCAUCGCGGUCAACACUUUCAUCCGCUCGUUUGCGGGCGCUUUCUUUCCACUGUUUACACAUGCAAUGUACAUCAAACUCGGUGUACCAUGGGCGACCAGCCUUCUGGCGUUCAUCUGUGUGGUAUUCCUCCCUGUACCCAUUCUGUUCUACAUCUUCGGGGCGAGGAUUAGAACGAAGAGCAAGUGGGCACCAACGGCGUAA